ACCAGGUUGCAAUGCGACCUAGGAGGUUUUUUUUUCCUAGCUUGGGGGUUGGUACGUGAACUGAAAGAAAAGUUAAAUGAAGACGACUGGAAUUGCGCCGUGGCGAGUUGGACUAGGUAGUCUGGAUAUUCUAGACGAAUCUGUCUUUGGAAUGCCAUUCUAUCCCUUGUGCGGUUAUGAGGAACAAAGCCAUCGAGAAGUGCGAACAUUCCAGAUUCAGCUUUCCAUAAUCGAACUUUAUCACUUCAUCCUCUCACUAAUUACUUUCGUCUUCUGGAUUUUAGCGUGUUUACCGAAUACUCCGUCAUCAUGGUUUACAGAGGACCCUACGAGGAGCUCCGAGAUGCUAAUAAAUAUGACUUCAUCACCGAGCUUACGCCGGGAGUCUGGAAGAUAUGCCGCAAGGUUGACCGAAUGGAAUAUCUUGCUCAUGAUAUCACUGACAAGUUAACCUCAAACCCGUCUAAUACUGCAGAAGGGGACCCUACCGAUUUGCAGCAGCUCCUGACCUCGGAAAGAACCAAUAUCAUCGAACCGCUCAAGGCUAUUUUGAAUCAUGGGCAUAUUGUCUCCUUGAUAGAUAUCUUCUCCGUCCAGACAUCCGAUGCUAGAAGCGAGCUCAACGAUCGGCACUAUGCUGUCUGGGAGUUCUGUGAUGCCGGAAACCUAGGAAACCUCCUCGUCAGCGGUCAACGGAGAUUCCCCAAGGCGUCUGGGCCGAUCAUGGAGGGGCUUUCGGAUGAAGAGGAUGAAGGGGGUCCUAUCGUCUAUGAUGAUGAUCAGGGUGAUACCAUACGUAAAAACUUCCUCGAAAAGAUAAAGAGCAGAACAAAAGAUACGUUCUUGCCAGAGUCGUUAUGUUGGCAUGUGCUCGUUUCGGUUAUAAGAGCCCUGGCAUGGUUACAUGAGGGUUCUGAGCCAGUCCCACCGGGGGAAGACGGUAGAAUAACAUUCGCCCCUGAUGUAGACUGGGAGCCUAUUCUGCACCGCAAUAUCGUCCCCGAGAACAUAUUCUUCAUGCAUCCUAAGCGCAGCGAGUGGUAUGGGAGUUGCAAGCUAGGCAAUUACUGCAACGCAUUCAUAUCCGGCCACCAUAAUGGAUACCAGGAAAAGCCCGAGCAGACACGAGUUCGAAGCGAAGCCUUAGCUCCGUCUCGAGACCAAGGUUUUCAACCUCUCAAAGAGCUUAUCAAACUGGACGAGGAAUUCAGUCAUACCUAUCCUCAGCAGCCAAAUCAGCCCUACACUAGGGUCAGCGAAUUGAGAGCGGUUGGGGAAAUCCUGCAAGCGAUGAUGGUAUCUCCUGGCUACGAGGGCAAUCACGUCGCCGCGAUGCGUGAGAAUACAGUGUAUAACAAUCUCAAAGAUGUGGAUUACUCGCAUACGCUGAAGAACAUCGUGGUAUGGCUGAUGGAAUUCAACCCGGACCAGAAGUUAGAGAACGGAGAGUACAGGUGGAAUGAACGAGGCCGGAACUAUAUGACUACCCUCGCUUGCACCAAUGUCCAGCGUCAAUAUGAAGCAUGGUUCAAUUCCAGCCAUCCGGAAGCAAGGAAGAUGAUACCUAUUGAGGUCGAGUUGGGGAAGCAGAAGUACGAGGACGAUAUAGAUAUGGCAAAGAAUAUUGAAUAUCUAAGGGAAAUUAAUCGGGUUCUAGAGAAACAAGAUAACUUGGUUGAGGUAUUUUAUGGGAAACCGGAGAAGGAGAAGGAGGUUGAUAUCUCGGCCACGGCUAGCACCGGGGGGGUUGCAUAGUUGGUCCCUGUUGCUAUUAGAGUAAUGUCGGCGUAUCACGCUUCGGAGAACAUAACUGGUAAAAUUUGGCAGGUAAUGCACUAUAACGCAUCCGGCGGCGGGAGUACGGUUCAUUAGUGGUUCUGAAGUAUUUCAAUAUGGAUAUUACUAUUGGAACUAAACGCCGUUGGGGUGGCCAGAGUAGUUUAUGAUUAGGUAUUCAUUAUUUCCAGGUUCAUUGUAUCCAGCCUAUCUAAUAGGUAGGUAGUUGACUUGGUUUUGUCUGCCGUGGUUUACGCUCUCCUACAUCUUUCAUUGCUUGUGUCCCAGAACAGCCUUCAAACUUUCACCAUAACAUAUUUCGGGCUAUCUUCUACAAACUCGGCUUUCCUUCUAUAGCCGAAGCUGUGUUGUCCAUCCUUC